AUGCCGAUACACAUACAUAACGAAGGUGAAUCAACAAAUGAUACUGAUCCUCAACCUACGUCACAAGCUACAACAAAUGAAUCGAAUGGAAAUUCAUCAUCAUCAACAAAACCAAAUAAUGAAAACAAAUUUUUUUCAUUCAAUGGUUAUGAUGAUGCUCGUCAGUGGUUCAGACAUAUUCAUUCAAAAUUUUCUGAAUUAAACUUAACAUUUAAUGAACGAUUCGAUAUGAUUCCUUAUUUUUUUGAAAAUAAUUUUUCUAUUUGGUAUACAUUAAAUCAAGAUAAAUUUGAAUCAUAUGUCCAUUUAUGCCAAUUAUUUGCUCUCGAAUAUUUUGGUCUUGAAAAAUCUGCUUAUCCUGAUGCUGAUGGUAAUCGUAAACAAUUAAAUAAAUCUUUUUUAUUACAUUCACCUGUUCUUGUUAAUGAAUUUAUACGUGAUGAUUUAAUAAAUACUCCACUUGAAAAACCUGCAGCAGCUGCUGCUGAUAAAGGUCUAUCAUCUCAUUCACAUGGUAAUCGUUUAUCUAAUUCAAUUUUAUCUUCGACAAUUACAAAAGCUUUAGUAGAUAAAUUCAUAAAAGAUCCAUUGAGAUUUUCAGCUGGUAAAGAAAAUGUGAUCACAUGGAUUGAUGAAAUCGAACAACAGUUUAAUAUGAUGCAUUUAGACAAUGUAGAUAAAUUAAAUCUAAUUCAUAUUUGUCUCAAAGGUGAUGCAUUACAAUCAGUGGCGUACGCAGGGGGCCGGCCGAGGGGGCCCGGGCCGGUCCCUAGAGAUAUUGCAUCUUCCACAUUACCAUCGUCAUCAGUUCUUACGUCACCAUCAUCGAUUUCUCCAUCUAUAGCAAUUGCAUUAGCACCAACAAUGAUGUCGACACCAUCACAAUUAACAUUAUCAACAACAGAGCCAACAACACCACCGGUAUUUCACUUACAAGGAGCAGUGUCGUUGUCGACUCCAACGAAAAUCUCUGAACCCUCUAUCAUCGACGAGCAAGACCGUGAUUCUUGCGUUCUACCAAUUAUCUCUUCGAAUUCGACAGUUGCAACUCCAUCACUUAUCGAUGUAUUUGAUCCUAACGAUAUCGGUCAUUUUGUCGGUAUCUCCCUAACUGAACAUGAUGCCACUAGAAUAUAUGAUGUACUCAAGAAACCUUGGAUUCCAUCAUCAUCUUACAAGUAUCCAAAAAUUGAUCUUAAAGGACACUCUCGUUCAGUAUGUGUUCCAAAGUGGCUAGUUGACUUUCCAUGGCUCUCAUAUUCAGCUAAACUUAAUGGUGUUAUGUGUCGAUAUUGCGUUUUAUUUCGACGCACAUCUUCUUAUGCUGAUCCAGCCCAAAAUCAACUUGGUCAUUUAGUAAAUAAGCCACUUUCCGGUUCCUUUCUCAAAGAAGCAACGACCUAUUUGAGGAACCACGAAAGGACACAAUAUCACAAGUAUUCAACAACGCAAGCCAACGAAUUUAUUAUUCGUCGUACAGAUCCAAACUUGGAUAUUGAUAAUUUGCUGAACGUUGCCGAUCUGAAUCAACAAAUGGAAAACAGAGAAAUAUUAGUGAGCAUUGUGAAAUGUCUUUUGUUUUUAGCUAGUCAAAAUAUGGCAUUACGUGGUCAUGAUGAUGAUGGACUACCAUGUGAUAUAAAUCUACAUCAAGGCAAUUUCAAAAACUUAAUUGCUUUUCGUGCUGAAGCGGGAGAUACUGUUCUUGUCAAACAUCUACAAACGUGUGCGAAGAAUGCCAGUUAUUUGAGCCCUCGAAUCCAAAAUGAAUUGAUCAUACUCUCAGCUCGAAUUGUGCGAGCGAAACUUAUCCGUGAACUUAUCGAGAAGCGACUUUUUUAUUUGUUGUUGGCUGAUGAAACAUCAGAUAUCUCCGGUCGUGAACAACUGUCAAUAUCGGUCCGAUACGUCUCGUCGGAACCUGACGCUAGUGGUGAAUUCAUUCAUGAAGUUUUUUUGGGCUUUAUUCCUCUGGAAAACCUUACUGCGAUUGCCGUGGCCAAUAAAAUGUGCGAGUUUUUGAAAAUUAUUGGUCUCAGUAUUGAUCUUAUUAGAGGACAAGGUUAUGAUGGUGCUCAUGUAAUGUCUGGUCGAUUAGGUGGUGUCCAUAAAUUAAUUUCCGAUCAAUCUCCACGAGCAAUAUACAUACAUUGCUCGAACCAUUCUCUUGAUCUAGUACUCAAGAAUUCAUGCGAUGAAUCCAAUGUAAAAUCGUUUUUUGGUACCAUUAAAAGUAUAAUCAAAUUUAUCAACAAGUCUCCAAAACGAAAAAUGAUGUUUAAAGUUGCUGUGGAAGCGACAGUUUCCAAUCAAAAACAUCAACAUCAUCACACCCUCAUCAAAAUGUGCGAAACACGUUGGAUCGACAAACAAUCGGCUAUUCUAGUAUUCAGACAACUAUUCGGUUCGAUACUAAUUGUACUCGAACAUUUGGCUGCACAUGGUGAUAGUGACACAUCAGCUCUUGCUGCUGCAUACUACAAAUCAAUCUCAUCAGACAUCGAGUUUAUCACUCCACUUAUCAUUGUCUCUCGUGUCUUUGCACUCACUAAACCAUAUACUGAAAGUCUUCAAUCACCAACGUGUGAUAUUGUUGAAUGUUAUGAUAACAUUGAAGAACUUACAUUGUAUUUAGUAGAGCUUAUGAAUAAUGACAAUAUGGACAAAUUGCGCGAUGAUCUAGUUCAAUUUGCGUUGGAUCAUGACAUUCCAUAUCAAUUGUCACGUCGAAAGAAAACGACACCACGUUCAUUCUUCGACUUAAUCUAUCAAUCUUUUAUCUCCAGUGCAGUUGAUGAACUAGGUCCACGGUUUUCUGCUCACCAAAAACUUGCAGCGAAAAUUUCAAAAUUGAUGCCCAACAAUGUCAAAGAAAUUGAAUUUGACGACGUGAAGAAUACGUUUGAAUUUUAUAAAGAAGAUUUAAUUUCGGAUAACUUCCUGGUGCUUGAAAGUGAAUUUGAAAUGUGGCAAAAUAUGUGGCGAAAACGUUCCGAUAAUAACUUACCAUCUACUAUUGGUGAAGUUCUUAAAUUAACGUAUAGUCAACGUGACUUCUAUCCAAACAUAUAUCGUCUUCUGACUAUCUUUGCUACUUUACCGAUUUCUGUAGCCACUGCUGAGCUAUCGUUUUCUGUCUUGAAACUCGUAAAAACUUAUCUCAGAAAUUCUAUGGGUGAUGAACGACUUAGUGCUCUGGUAUUACUACAUGUUCACAAAGGUCUUACAUUGACAACUGAUCCAGAGGAUAUUGUUGCUGAAUUUGCUAAGGGAAAUUGA